CUGCGCGUCUAUCUGGGCGACCAGCGAGCGCCCGAGCCACCGGCCGACCAGCAAAAGGUCUACCAAGAUGCGCAGCGCAAGAACACAUUUGAAGCAAAUAAAUACCUCAUCACGCUGUCACUGUACGACAUCAAGAAGGACAACCCGAUGCUACCACCGCCGGCCUCAAUUGUGACGGUCGUGCCGACUAAACUCCGCGUCUACAACGAUUGCUGCCAGGUCGACAGCAAGCUCCACAUGAUCUCGACGAUCGCUCCGCCA